UUAUGUCCUUGUCUGCAGUAUGUUGACUUUGUUUAACGUCUUUCCACAGAUGGCAUCAGGCUUUCCGUUUGCUUUGUUGCUCUGUUUGUCCAUCGGACUGUUGGCUCCAUCCUGUUAUGGACAAACCUGCCCAGGUUCCUGCCCUCCUGGUUGGACUCCGUUCGGCUCUCGCUGUUUCAGCUUCAACAUCCAGAAAAAGACUUGGACCGAUGCAGAGGACUUCUGCAAGGCCGCCGGUGGGAAUCUGGCUUCAGUCCACUCAGCAGAGGAAUAUGAUUUCCUCAAAACCUACAUUCACCAAGUGGCCGGUGAAAUCGAACGGACCUGGAUGGGAGGCUUUGACUCAGUGCAGGAGGGCGUGUGGAUGUGGUCUGAUGGAUCCACAUUCGACUACACCAGCUGGGCUCCGGGGACGCCUGACAACGUCGGCGGAGUUGAGCACUGUCUUGAGAACUUUAAGGGCAAAUGGAACGACAAUUCGUGUCCCAAAACACUACCUUUCUUGUGCUCCAAGAAGCUGUGAGGCCUCCCACCAUCAUGAUCUCACUACAGCUCAUCUAUAAUCUCUUUCAUUGAUUCACUUUCAGUUUGUUGUGCAGACAGAAACAGCUCUCUGCUGACAGACUCACUUUCACUUGUUUAUUAUCUGAAGAGUUAGGAAACGGUUCACAUUUGAGUUUUAACAUU